AUGGCUGAGGUGGCCGGGCCGGGGGCGGAGAUAGGGCGCAUUUUAGUUCAGGUGGGUCCAAAUAGCACUGCAGAAUACCUCCUGGCUGAAAGAAACCUUGGGGAGCUGCCACCUCUCAGUGUUCAAGAAGAUCUUCAACAGCUGAAGGACCAGCUGCGAGACAUCAGCCAUGAUUGGGAACUGCAGGAUGCUCAGAACCUUGAAGCUGCUAUUGAAAGUACAGAGAACAGAAUAAAGAAACACACUGAGAGGUAUUUAAAUGCUGUAAACCAAACGGUGCUAACAAUUUCAUCACCUUCUGAUGUGGAUCUGCGUUCAAGACAGGUGUCCAAAUGGGGGCUCCCCAUGGAGACUUCACAUAAAGAAAUAAUUUGCCCAGAGAUGUCUGCAAUUACCACUCAGUCCUGCGGCAGGUUGUCACUACAUAGGUCUUCUGCACCAAAGCAAAAACUUUCAAUGAUGGUAAAGAUUAUGUACAAUCCACGCAAUGCUUGCCAUCGAAAUUUUGUAAAUGAGAACUAUGGAGUUGACUUGCCAAUAAUGAAUCAGAGACAAAAAGUCCCUGCACCAACUCAGAAGAUAGCAAAAGGUGUUACGGUCCCCAGCCUCUCAGUAGCUCCACCUUCCUUCCAUUUGAAGAAGGUUUCCUUUCCAGUUUCUGAAACAGAUGCCGAGAAAGGGAUCCUGAAUCUAAUUGAAAGAGGCCUGAUUCCACGUGCAGCUAGGAUUACUCUAGCGAAGCCUCCCAUUCUUCCUCAGGCUGCUCCUCUUCAUGAAUCUCAUGAAAAGCACAAGAAACCAGCUGCAGAUGGAGGUGUGGAGAGCAAGAAAGGUGAAGUCCCAGCUCCUCCUCCUUAUCCAAAGUCUGGGCCUACCUCCACCUCCGCCUCAAGCAAGGGAAGAGGGGGAAGCAAGGGCAACAUUGCUCCACCCCCAUCCUGCAUCUCUGUUAUUUCGCCCAAGAAAUCAAAGUUGCCCCUAAUUCAGGCAAUUCAGAAGCGAGCAUUGUCCAAGUCUUCUUCCAUAGUGGUAAAGACCGCAGAAAUAACAUCAUCUCCAACCUUCCAGGAUCUCUCUUUAGAGUUUGAGAUACCUAUUCGCAAGGGAGCCAUAGACUACACGGCUCUUGAUCUCCAAGGAUUUAAAAAACACUGCUGCUUAUUCUGGGGAAGUGUCCUUUCCUUCUUGGAGCACGUCUCUAACUUUUUGAAGGACUAUGCUGUUCCCUCCGCCAUCGUCAAGGGGAAGAGAGUGAUGGAGAUCAUUCCAGAUUUUGAGCUGAACCAGAGGCCAACUAGGGAGGAAAUUCUCUCUGUGAUAAAGAACAUUUCGGCGGUCAAAAAGAUCUUAAGUAAACCUGGCCAGAGAUACAAAGGCCAAAAUGGCACUGCAGUGGCAGCUACCAAGAUACAGGCAUUAUGGAGGUGUUACAAAUUCAGAAAAGCCUACAUCACCUUCAGGCAGCAGCAGUGGGCCUCGGGAGUGAUUGCCAUCUCUUGGCUUGUGCAUGUUCACCGGGGGCGUGUCAGAAAUACCCUGAAGGAAUCGCGACAGAAACACCUGGAGAAUUACUACAUCAGGGCCAAGCAUCUGGCCGCCAACUGGAAUCGCAUCAGGACCUCUAGGAGGACCAUUAUCCAUAUCCCAUCAUUAGGGUAUGCACAUUCUGUUCGAGAGGCGACUCCUGAUUUCACUAUUUAUCAGGGGACACAGUUUGGAAGACUCUGUGAAAUACGAGAUCCUAAUGUGGACGUCAUCUACAUUUGCCCCUUCCCACUGAGCGAUGAGAUGCUGCACUAUUACAAUACAUUUUUGGGUCUGCAGCCAGCUGUUAUAUCUGGAAGCCCUAAGGACAUUGGUGACCUGCAGGACAGGUUCAAAAUCCUCACCCCUGAAGCCAUAAAGAGCUUCCCUAACCGCCCCAUGUCCCUGGCUACCUUCUUGAAGUAUAGCCCCAAGACCAUCAAAAGGAUCAAGAAGCUGAUCCAGGGCACAUACGCCUACAUUGUCGGAGGGCUUCUAAGCCAAGAUGACCUGGCAGUGGCUGAUGAGCUGGAUGUGCCCAUUUUAGGUCCCACCCCGGAAGUAGCUCAGCUCUACAGUUCCAAGUCAGGAAGCAAAAGGGUGUUUGCAGCUGCUUGUGUGCCGGUACCCCCAGGGCAUUAUGACAUCUACAGCAGGCAGCAGAUGAUUGAAGUCAUCAGUCAGCUGAUAAUUGACUACCCAGACGUGAAACGCUGGGUGUUCAAAGUGGACAGCGACUUUGGGGGAAAUGGCACAGCAUUCUGUGACAUCUCUGAGAACCUCAAAUGCUACCCCUGGCUUCAGAGGGAGAUUCAGAGAUAUGGCCCUGAUAUCUGGAAGUUGCAGUGGGCACAUGAACCAGCUUUGGCGAAGAUCUCCCAGGAGCUGCCGGGCCUUUUAGCACAGCACGCUCAGGCUGUCAAUGAGAAACGAUUUCCUACAUGGGGAAAAUUCCUCCAAACAUUUGUGAGUCAAGGUGGCAUCAUAGAAGCCUUCCCACCCUCAGACAGCAUCACUAGCCUCAAAGUGGACAUGCUAAUAGAACCAACUGGAGAGAUAUCAAUGGUUUCCUCUGGAGACCAGUUCCAUGCAGAUGGUCCUCUGCGCUCCACAGGAACCACCCUUCCCCAGUGUUCCGUUGAGCCACGGGUCCUUAACAAGCUGUGUCUUCAGAUUGGAGAGGCCUGCAGAUCCAGAGGAGUUGUUGGAUACUUCUCCAUUGACUUUGUGACAUUCAUCCACCCUCAAACCAUGGGGCAGCAGGUAUGGGCAAUAGACCUGGACCUGCACUAUAGCGAUCAUCUGGCUUUGACACAGGUCUUGCUGUAUGUUACAAACGGAACACUGGAUUGCAAGUUAAGCCGCUUUGAAUGCCAGGUCAUUCCAAGUAAACCAAAAAGCCGCCGCCCCCCUAAGGAACCAGGCCAGCCUGCUGUGGUCAGCCGCUAUGUUGCCAUGAGCAAUUCGAUCAGACAUGCCAACUUUUCCCUCAUCUACUAUAAUGUUUUCCUUCAUAUGUGCAAGGCUCAUGGGGUUGGAUAUGAUGUCCAGCAAAAAGAAGGAACUGUUUUUACUCUGUUUGAAGAUUAUAAAAGGCUCAAAUUUGGAAUUAUAACAAUUGGAGAACAUCUCCAGGGGGUCCUCAUGACCUUUGCUCAGCAACUCUUCAUCAUCUAUCAAGAAUUAUCAGCACCUAAUAUGCAUGCCGAGACCAAUUUUAAGAGAGCUGUCCAAGAGAUUGAAAGAAUUCUGGGAGUUACAGAGCAAAACAAGUUAAAAUUUGAAGAGGAAGCUUCCACAAAAUAG